GUUGCAGGCUUUCUGUGAUGGAGGGCGGCAGGCCAAAGUCAAUGCAACGCGCUGGACAGUGACAAACAAUUGACGUCGAUGCAAAGGAGCGACAUGUACCUGCUACAGCAUCCAGCGUCGAACCAAAAGCGGAUAGGAGAUCGAGCCGGGUCUACGGCAGCACGGGGAGAGUGGGAAGGAGGGGGGGUUCGGGAAAGAAGAUGCACUCCACUGGGUCGGUCUGCGGUGAGCGAUGGCAGGGUCCACGUGGACGCCGUUCUCGUUGGGCACUUCCCAGGGACAAACGGACCUUGGGCUUGCCUGAAUUGAGCCUCCAACAAGCGAGAGAGCAUACCGCGGGUGAAAUUAAUUCUGGAAAAGGAAGAAAAAGAAACCGUGCCGGAGUCGGGCCCGGGGUUACAGAAAACGACGGCCGAACCUCACCUAUCAAUGCCUUGCCGCCCGCACCUGCUGCUCCCGUCUCAGAUGGACGUUCUUUCCUCACUUCACCCGCCUGCCGCGCUAAUAAGAAGCAAACCCUGACCUCCUGCUUUAUUUGGUCGAGGAAGCCAUUGGUUCCUUCCAGCGACCUUGUUCAAUCCUCAGUUCAACUUUUUGAGUCCUUGUCCUUCAUUAUUCGACCGGGCUACCUACCUACAGCUAAUAUCCUGUACCUUGCCCCGUACAUGAUUUUGGCCGGGCGUCGUGACGGCUGCAUUAUCAAAUUACUGUCUUUGUAUCAGCAUUGUUUCUGUACUUUCCCGGUCCCCUUUUAUCCCCCAUCCGCCCGACCUGUCGACGGCUACCCUCGCUCCGCCAUCUCAGGUUCCUCCGGACUCGGCCCUUCGGUCAAAAUAGCUGCGGAGCAGCUUCCGGCGUGCCACAUCGUUGGCUUCGAACCCUCCGUCCCCGUCUAGGCCGUUUGUGUGUGUGGGCUUGCCCAACCGCGCUCUCCGAGACUCCUCACCCCUGGAUAAUACUUGUCUUGUUGGUUACCUACCAAAGCACCGCUUGCCAGCAGGUCUGGCGUUUCCGGGGGACGCAUUCGCCCGGUUGCAUCUCGGAGUUGUGGAUAUCCCGCAGAGUUCA